AUCAAAACAUCAACAUCCUUUCAAUGUUCUUUUAGUAAAGCUUGUUUCCUAUUUUUCUCUCUUCUCUUUGUUUUUUCGAUUCGAAAUAAAGUUUGAAAGGAUCAAAAAAUCAUAAAGAAACACGAGAGGAGAAGAAGUAAAUAAAAAAAAACGAAAAUGAAUAACAAGAUGAGAUGUGUGCUAGCAAUUCUGCUAGCAAUGACUUGCAUCUCCGUGAAUGGAGAGGAUCCUUACCUGUUCUACGAAUGGAAAGUUACUUAUGGCACCCUUUCUCCUCUUGGCGUGCCCCAAAAAGUCAUUUUAAUCAACAACCAAUUCCCAGGACCUAGAAUUAAUGGAACAUCCAACAACAACGUUCAUGUAAACGUGUUCAACCAAUUGGACGAACCACUCCUUUUCACAUGGAAUGGUAUCCAACAAAGGAAGAACUCGUGGCAAGAAGGAACCCUUGGGACCAAUUGUCCAAUUCCCCCCGGAACGAAUUACACCUACCGUUUCCAGGUUAAGGAUCAAAUCGGUAGCUACUACUACUACCCUACCACCGGCUUGCUUCGUGCUGCUGGUGGUUAUGGUCCCCUUACUGUCGUAAGUCGUGCAUUGAUCCCUGUCCCAUUUGAUAAACCUGAGGAUGAUUACACGGUCCUUGUGGGGGAUUGGUACACCAAGAGCCACACUGAAUUAAGAAGCAUGUUGGAUACCGGACGCGGUCUUGGAAGGCCACAAGGCUUGGUUAUCAAUGGCAAAAGCGGGAAAGGCGACGGUAAGGAUGAGCCAAUGUACACAUUGACCCCCGGAAAGACAUACAGGUUUAGGUUUUGCAACGUUGGCAUGAAGGAUUCUAUCAAUGUUAGGUUCCAAGGCCACACAAUGAGACUCGUUGAGAUCGAAGGUUCACACGUCGUGCAAAAUGUGUACGAUUCCCUAGACAUCCACUUGGGACAGUGCUUAUCCGUUUUGGUAACCGCUGAUAAGGAACCCAAGGACUAUUUCAUCGUGGCCUCCACAAGGUUCACUAAGGAACCACACACGGCCACCGCCACUAUCCGUUAUGCCAACAGUAAGUCCCCCGCCUCCCCUCAAUUGCCUAAGGCACCAGAAGGGUGGGAAUGGUCCCUUAACCAAUUCCGCUCAUUCCGCUGGAACUUGACUAACAGCGCAGCUAGACCUAACCCUCAAGGAUCUUACCACUACGGAAAGAUCAACAUCUCAAGAACCAUCAAGCUAGUCACAUCAGCAGGCAAAGUUGACGGUAAGCUCCGUUACGCCAUAAACGGCAUCUCCCACGUGGAUCCCCCUACACCAAUCAGAUUGGCACAACAUUAUGGUGUUUCGGACAAGGUGUUCAAGUAUGACUUGAUCAAGGAUGACUACAAGCCUACAGGGGAAGAUGGACAAGACAAAAUCACACUUGGACCUAGUGUGAUCAAUGGCACCUGGAAAAGCUUUGUGGAGUUCGUUAUUGAGAACCCUGGCAAAAGUGUUCAAUCUUUUCACAUGUCUGGAUAUGCAUUCUUUGCUGUAUCGAUUGAGCCGGGAAGGUGGUCACCAGAGAAGAGAAAGAACUACAACUUGCUUGAUGCUGUUAGCAGGAACACGAUCCAAGUUUACCCAAAUUCAUUUGCAGUUAUAAUGACUGCUCUUGAUAAUGCUGGAUUAUGGAAUAUUAGGUCCAAUUCAAUGGAGAAGCAUUAUUUGGGACAACAAUUUUAUCUGAGUGUCCAUGCCGCAACAGUAUCACUUCAAGAUGAAUACAAUAUGCCUGAUAACAACCUCUUGUGUGGUAUAGUUAAGGACUUGCCUAAACCUACUCCCUUCAGAGCUUAAUUUAUAAAAAUUAAUUCAUAAUUAUUUUUUAAGAAAUAUUUAUUAUUUUGUAAUUUUAUAUACAUUUUUGAGCAAAGAAAAAGCAUGUAAGGAGGAGAUCAUGGGGCCAAGCUUUUUCACCAAGUGGAACAGAAGUUCUUUUUUUCGUUUAUUUGUCAUUUCUGUUUUUAUUUUUGAUCAAGUCUUGGAACAACCUCUAGCAGAAAUGCAAGGUAAGGUUGUGUAUAAUAGACCCUUGUGGUCGGGCUCUUCCCCGAACCCUGAGCAUAGUAGGAGCUUUAGUGCACCAAGAUGCCCUUUUUUAAAAAAAAAUUUGAUUAACGAGUGUAUUAAUUAUUUUUUUUAUGCAUUCAUGUAUAAAUAAAAAUUCAAGAGCAUUUUGUUUUAA